UCCAGAGCACCAGAAGGCAGGACAAGAAGCAACAGAUGGAAACCGCUCAAGGAGAGAAGCAACCUGGAAUUAAGCAGAAACUUACUGACAGAGAGGACAAUUAACCAGUGGAACGGCUGGCCACCAGAAGUGGCGGGUGCUUCUCCCAACACUGGAGGCUUUUAUGAAGAGAUUGCACAGCCACUUGCCUGAAAUGGUACGGGGUCUCCUGCUUGAGGCAGGGGGUCAGAGUAGAUGACCUCCAAGGUCUAUUCUGACCCAGAACCCGAGUUGAAAAGCAGAGUUCCGCUUCUGUGUGAUCGAUUUUUCGACCGGCAAAAAAGAAAAGAAAAUUCAAAGUGAAAUCUAAUUGCUCUCCAAAUAAGUCUGCUUUCCUUCGUAACUCCGGGGAAAGGUCCACGGGGCUUUGAUCUCCCAGCCCGAAGCCGUCUGCGCUUCCCAGACGGAGGGCCCUGCCUGGAUGAUGGUCUCCGUGGCCACCGGCGACAUGAUCCUAGCGGGCACCUACAGCAGCAUCUCCAUCACCCUGGUGGGCGAGCGGUCCGAAAGCGCCAAGCAGCGUCUGGACAAGCUGGGCAGAGAUUUCGUCCCGGGAGCUGUGGACGAAUACGAGGUGCCCUGUGAGAAGGACCUGGGACCCAUCAUCCUGAUCCGCCUGCACAAGGAGCCUUACCUGUUCUUCCCCAAGGACAACUGGUUCUGCAGCUACGUCAGGGUGAAGGCGCCCCGCGGGGAGACCUACCACUUCCCCUCCUAUCAGUGGCUGGAGGGCUACUGCUCCCUGAAUCUGCGCGAAGGGACAGCCAAAACGAGGGAAGAUGAUGCGGGGAGCCCUUCUCUGCUGGAGCAUCGCAAGAAAGAGCUGGCCAAACGGCAGGAAAGCUACGGCUGGAAGAACUAUGCCCCGGGCUGGCCGAGAUGCGUGGACGCCCACACCACCGACGACCUGCAUUCAAACUCAAAGUAUUCGCUCAGCAAAACCACCUUCUUUGCCAUGCGCACCCUCAAGUCGGAGAUCGAACUGAGGCUGAAGGGCUUCUCCAACCUGGCGGAGUCGUGGGAGAGUCUGGACGAUAUGCGCAAAAUCUUCUGGUUUCACAAAACUCCCGUCACAGAAUACGUCAUGGACCACUGGAUGGAUGACGACUUCUUCGGCUACCAGUUCCUGAAUGGGGUCAACCCCGUCCUGCUUCGGAAGUGCACCCAGAUCCCGAAAAACUUCCCGGUGACAGAUGAGAUGGUCAUUGGUAUCUUGGGGAAAUCCACCCUUGAAGAAGAACUGAAGAAGGGAACCAUCUUCAUUGCCGACUACAAGAUCCUGGAGGACAUCCCGACGUGCAAACUGAACGGGAAGCACCAGUAUCUGGCAGCCCCCAUUUGCCUGUUGUACCUCAACUCGGAGGAGCAGAUGAUGCCGAUGGCUAUCCAGCUGAGCCAGACCCACAGCCUGGAAAGCCCCAUCUUCCUGCCCACCGACCGUAAGUGGGACUGGACGCUAGCCAAGAUCUGGGUGCGAAUGGCCAACUUCCACGUCCACGAGGUCAUCACCCACCUUCUGGAAGCCCACUUCCACUGCGAGGUCUACGCCAUGGCGACUCUUCGGCAGCUCCCGAUGUGCCACCCUAUCUACAAGCUCCUGAUACCCCAUACUCGUUACACCCUCCAUAUUAAUACACUUGCCCGGACCAAUCUCAUCCAGCCGGGCGGGAUCUUCGAUAAGGCCACAGCUACCGGUCGCGAUGGCAUGUUGAAACUGCUAGCCAAAGGGGUAGAACUCUCCAACUACACGUCCCUCUGCCUCCCCGAUGACCUUGAAGAAAGAGGGGUCUCCAACCUGCCCAACUUCUACUAUCGGGAUGAUGGGAUGAAGAUUUGGACCGCCAUCGAGAAAUUUGUCUCCGGUAUCGUGGACAUCUACUACCGAUCAGACGACGCCGUGAAGGCGGAUCCUGAGCUACAAGCCUGGAUUCACGAGAUCUUCACCGAAGCUUUCCUGAGUAGGGAAUCUUCAGGUGUCCCAUCCACCUUGGAAAGCAAAGCUCAGCUGAGCAAGUUCCUGACCAUGGUCAUCUUCAACUGCUCUGCCCGACAUUCAGCGGUCAAUAGUGGACAGUUUGACUUUGCGGCAUGGAUGCCCAACACGCCAGCCACUUUGAGGCAGCCUCCUCCCAAAGUCAAAGGCACAGCCUCCCUGAAAAGCAUUUUGGAGACCUUUCCUGAAGUCAACUCCACUUGUGCCUUGUUGUCACUGCUGUCCAUCGUCAGCUACGAGCCAGGAGACCUGAGACCUUUGGGCCAGUACCCCGAAAAAUAUUUCACCGAGGAGAUGCCCCAAAAACUCAUCUCUUGUUUCCAGAAACGCCUGGCGGUAAUUUCUGAAGAAAUCGAGGAAAGAAAUCAACCUUUGCCCAUUGCUUAUCGCUAUCUUGACCCUUCGCUGAUCCAGAACAGCGUCUCCAUUUAACGGGUCGAGUCACACCGCCUGACUCCGCAGAAGAUGAUAUUUUAAUUCGAUAACCUUUUGAUAACAUUGGAGGAAAAAAAAUCUGCUUUUCUGCCCAAAAAAAAAAAAAAUUAGGAGAAUUUUAGAUUAGAAGAAGACUAGCAGGGUUGAGGGAUAUUCAGCUAUUUUAGAUGAGACAUUGCAAGGUGGGAAGGAUGGGCUGGUGUAUGCAAGAAACCCAAUAAUAAUAAUAAUACCUGUAAUACUAUCAAACAUCCACCUCUGCCUAUCCCAGGUCCUGGGUAAGGACUCGAUAGGUAGACAAAAUGCCAAAUCCAGUCUGAACAUCUGGCUGACUGUGCGAUGAUCAAUAAUAAUAAUAAUAAUAAUACUAGUUGGAAGGGACCUUGGAGGUCAUCUAGUCCAACCCCCUGCUCAGGCAGGAAACCCUAGACCAAAAAUUCUCCUGAAUAAGGAAGGAAAAUGUAUCCAUUGCAGAAAGGAAUGUUCUAGAAACUCAACCAGACCGAUUCACUUUUUUUUGCAUGUUGUUCAAUUAUCGCCUGGUAGUUCCAAAGUUUAGGUCAUGAGGACUAGAAACAGUAGUUUAAUAGUCAUAAAUAGCAAGAAGCAUCAACAUCCGUGGGCAAUUAUAUUCCACAUUGCCUUGAUAUCUGCAUAUUUACAUUCAUCCAAGUGUUUCCGAACCGUGGCCAUUUUAAGAUAGGUGGACUUCAAGUCCCAGAAUUCCUGCUGGGGAAUUCUGGGAGUUGAAGUCCACCCAUCUUAAAGGGGCCAGUGCCAACACACACAUUGGCCUAAGACAGGGGUAGGCAACCUUGGCUCUUUUAUGACUCAUGUAGUUCAACUCCCAGAAUUCCUGAGCCAGCAUAGCUGACUCAGGAAUUCUGGGAGUUGAAGUCCACGUGUCGUAAAAGAGCCAAGGUUGCCUACCUCUGGCCUAAGAGCUACAACUGGAAAAAGUAACCUAUAAAAAGAUCCAAUUGGGGGGAAAAAAAUUAUGAGCUGUUUUGUUCCUAUUUUUUUUUUUGCAUCCUCCUUCAACAGUGGGAAAGAAGGAGAGAAGAAAUCCCUUUAAUUUCUUUUUUCCUGCUCAGUCGCCUGUUUUUAUUCUUGUAAUGACCGGGUGUCCCCGGGGCCAUCUCGGCGCUAUGAAAUAUGUAAAAACGCCUUUUGUGGAAUCUAUUAAAAUGGGAUUAUUUCAGA